AUGGAAGAAGAAGGACUGCCAUUUGGGUACACGCACGGACAGCACAAGGUGAGUGCCGGUCAUACCAAGAACCCGAGCGGAACAGGGUACAAUGGGAGUUGGACGCUGGCUGACCCUGAGCAGCGCUCACAUGCACAAAUGGACGAGGAGGCAGGUUCCACCUCACCAGCCUGGAGAUAUCAAGCCUUUGCCGAACAACGCGAAGCUCCUCACCACUACGACGCCAGUCACACGGGCCUCACGCUGAACGACGAUUACGCGCCUGCACCCCUCGACCAACAGCGACGGACCCCAACAUUCGACGACGACGACGACGACGACGAUCCCCCAACCCACUACCAGGCCUUUGAACAACGACCAACACCUAACUUAGACUCGGCAUUGCGUUCUCGCGGCUGGGAGGAAGUUGCUCCCAGACACAUCGACCGUGCUCCGCCUGCAGCGACAAGCUCCCGCCCCGGCAGGAUGAUGCGCCUGGAAGGAGUGCGGCGAAUGAUACCACGGCGUUAUGUCGGCGAUGGAUUCGACUUUAGACGGCCAGCUAGCGCAGCACAAGAGCAAGAAGCAGGCUCCGUCGACUUGACUGGGGAUGAUGAUGACGACAUCAUGGUUGAUAUGAGAAGAGACGAUGUUAUUGACCUCACUGCCGACGAUUCCGGAUAUGGUGCUAGCCAGGACGGUAAUAAUGGUCAACAGCGACCGGCUGAGAGGGUACAAGAGCAGCAAGAGUCGAGUCGGGCUCGCCGUGGGAAUGGCGCACCCCGACUACCGCGAGGCAUGGACAUUAUCAUCGACCUGGAUAAUGGCGAGGAGGAGUGGCGAAUGGCGACACCACCAGCACCCGAAGUACCCGAACCGAGCUCGCCCGACAUACAAUUCAUAUCAUCACGAGCUAUAGAAGGUAGACGUCUCCCGCCGCCAACAAUGGGUGGCAACAAUUCCGACGAUGAAGUGGAAUUUCUGCGAGAGGUCCCCCUCCCUGAAGCAGAGGUAGCAAGGCGUCGGGCGCAAGAACUAGACAAUGUCUUGGAUCUUUUUGGUACUUUGAAUGGCCGCUUCACUCAUCUUCGAGCACAAGUUGACCGUUUUCACGCUUCCGUCCAUCGUACAGCAACCCGCUUAAACGAACCCAUCGCUCCUCACCGCUCGCGUCAUGCGCAUAUUCGAGUAGGUGCUUUUGUAGCACCUGCAUUGGACUUUGACGCUGUAGCGUUUGAUCUCGGCCCGCGGGGGCGCGAUUCAGUACCUCCCCCACCAACGUACGAGGCACCUCCAAAAGCGCCAGAAGGCUUCACGAGGAGCCCAGAAGAGGAGGAUGCGCUGAUAUGUCCGAACUGCGAGGAGGAGCUUUGUGUGGGUAGCGAUGAUAUCAAACGACAGGUAUGGAUUGUCAAGGGAUGCGGUCACGUUUACUGUGGCGAAUGCACUGCGAAUCGAAGUGCUAAGCGGAGUGCAAAGGGCAAGGAAAAGCCAACCAACACGGAGCCUUUCAAGGUUUGUGUAGUCGACGGCUGUGACAAGAAUGUGUCGUCGAAAAAGGCCAUGAUCCAGGUAUUCUUAUAA